AGUUCAAAAGCAUCUGAAAGCAAACAUGGCGCUGGAUUUCGCAGCCACUUAUAAAGUUUUGGUGCUGGGUGAUUCGAACGUCGGGAAAACUUGUAUCGUGCAUCGUUACUGUGACGAACGUUACUACGACACUUAUAUAUCGACGAUAGGUAUCGAUUUCAAACAAAAAAUAAUUAACCUGGACGGAACACCGAUCAAGCUUCAAAUUUGGGACACUGCUGGUCAAGAGCGAUUUAGAACGCUGACCACAGCUUAUUAUCGCGGAGCCAUGGGUAUUCUUCUGAUGUAUGACGUCACUAGCUUAGAAAGUUUCAAUCAUUUGUCCUACUGGCUACGAAAUAUUCAAGAAAAUGCAUCGCCGGACGUAGUGAAAGUACUAGCAGCAAAUAAAUGCGACGUCGCGAACAGGGCUGUCGACGCAGAAAGAGGGCAAAAGAUAGCCGAGAAUUUCGACAUGCCCUUCUUCGAAGUAUCUUGCAAAGAAAACAUAAACAUUGAAGAAGCUUUUCUCACUUUAGCCAGAAGAAUACGAGAACAACGAGGACGUCGGGCCAGUUUGUUCGAGGCUUCAGAAAGGGAAGGAGCCGAAUCGAUAAUCAAGGCUCAAUCUCCGUCUCAACAGGGUGACGCUUGGAGGUGCACAUGUUAGUUCAUGGAAGCAAUUGUAGAAUACAACUAUGAAGCACAAGAACCUGACGAACUGACUUUGAAGAAGGGAGACAUAAUAACAGAGAUUAAAGUAAUGGUCGGUGGAUGGUGGGAAGGCAAAUUAAAGGAUAAACGUGGAAUGUUCCCUGAUAAUUUUGUCAAGGUGUUAGAACCAUUGCCGAGUGGAACAAUGAAAAGUACAGCAAGUGAAGGAGCUAGUAGCACGAAAUCUGACGAGGUUCCUUUAAAGAACGGAGGGUCGAAGAGACGAUUUUGUAAAGUACUUUUCCAUUAUGAACCUUGUAAUAAAGACGAACUGACUUUGGUACCUCAAGACACGAUAGAGUUUUUGGGUGAAGUAGAAGAAGGAUGGUGGAGAGGGAGACUCAAAGGCAGGGUCGGAGUCUUCCCUUCCAAUUUUGUAUCACCACCCGUUUACGAAGAGCCAGACAAACAUAAAGAACAGGAAAGUAGGAAACUGUGUAAAGUGCUUUUCCCUUACGAAGCUGCCAACGCGGAUGAACUGUCAUUGAACGAAGGGGACGUAAUAACACUUCUCAAUACAAAUGCUUCUGAUAAGGGUUGGUGGAUAGGAGAGUUGAACGGUCGAGUGGGUUUGUUCCCUGAUAAUUUCGUAGAAGUGAUAAACGUUCCAACUGAUCAAGAUUACGAUCAGAAACACAAAUCAAUUAAAUCAGUUUCAAAGCAUUCCAAUUUAAUGAAGAAAAACGAAAAAGUUCACUCUAAGAAGAAUUUAGAUAUACAGGAUAUGCAUACAGAAGCAGCUAGUAAAAGAUCGCUAGUAGCACCUGCAACGUCGACUUCUCCAGGAGUCGGUGGGAGUGCUGCAGAGAGGAAGAGUUUGAGUGGACAUUCGAUCUCAUCGAGUUUGAAACGUCUCGUGGCCGAUGGGGGAACCAAUAAUGGUAACGGAAACACCAGUGUAGCUUUGGGUGAAGAAUUAGAUGGGGUAGAACGAGGAGAAGGCGCACCGCUUUCGCACUUAACAGCUUCUCGAGCUAAAGCACCGCGCCGACGUCCGCCUUCAUCGCAACGUUUAAGGCGUCACAACUCUGGAUCAACCACAAUGUCUACGACACCUGAGGAUAAUUUAGCAAACGGAAACGCUGAGACUUUGUUAGAAGAGACGGUAGACGAACCCGAAGGAUUAAUUGUAAAAGCGAGGAGGAAAGCACCUUGGCUAGAAGAAUUGAACUUGAUCAUUUCAAAUCAGUUGAACAAGGUAGAAGAGAAUAAACCGAAGGAUAAGAGUCCAAGUCAGAAAGCUGACGUAUCUCCACAGCUUGAUCCGACGUCAACCACUCCAGAAAGUCCUGUUGUUCCUCCUUACGUUCCAUUUGCACUUUACAAUCAACUAUUAGAAAGGGUCAUCGUCUUAGAAGAGAAACAAGAAGUGUUGCAGCAAACGCUGAAGAAGAUUUUGGAGGAGUUCGUACCUGUCGCAUCCUUAGCGAACCGCCCAGAUUAAGGAAGAUCGACAUGCAAAUUUUACAGUACGUUUUUCCAUGCAUAAAAGAUAAUACUACUUCGUUUUUUAUUAAAAAUGGAACAGUAAGUUUACAGUUAUUUUUCGAUCAUCGUAUUUAUUCAUGUUAGUAGCAGCACCACCGAUUCGUUCUGCUAAUGUAAAACAGUAUUUAUUUAACUCGUUUCAACAACAAAAUGUUCAUUGUUUCUCGUGUUCUUAUUUGGUACUUUCGUAUCGAUUUUAAUAGUUUUAGACGUGUUUUUAGUAGACGAACGAUAUAAAAUUUCCGAAUUAUCUUGGACUAAUUACAAAAUCAGUUUUUAUUAUAUGUUUAAUCAAACUAAAUCUAAACAAUAUUUCUAUUAAUACCCAACGUGUUGAGUAUUAUUUGACAACAUUAUCGAUACUUCUUAAAAGUUAAUGUAUCGCUCAGAUGUGUCUGUCUCGGAACUAUAAGAAUGUAUUUGUACUUAAAUUGCUGAAUCAACGAAGAAUUACAUGCAUACGUUAUUUAUGCUUCUGUUAAAAAGCUGCCUCGCAUUUACAAUGUAAUAUUACUUAUUUUUAAGUUCAUUUAAACGACUCAAGUGCCAACA